UCUUCACUGAGAAACUUUAACCUUCAAUAAGGAUGAAGGGCCAUUUCUCCAUCGAGUGGCUGGCCCAGAGCAGCAAGCCGGCAGGGCCAGCAUCCGGGCCGGCAGCUUGGGGGACGCAUUCAGAGAGCCUGCCAGGUUUUUACUGCAAACCAAAACCUGAGAAGCUUCCAGGACCGGAGCAGCAGCAGCACAUCGACACCAUCAGCCAGGAAGCUCCUCAGCUCCGAACGUGUCCCAGGAAUCAGGGAAGUGAGGCCGGUUUCAGCAGCUGCACCGAAGAGGAGACCUCCGGCUACGAGAGCGAAGGCGGUCAGCCUCAUUCCCCCUCCGCCCCCGCCGUCAGCGCCUCCUCCAAGUCUCAACCGUCGCCCCCGGUGGGCAGGAGGCCCCGCACGGCCUUCACAGCGGAGCAGAUCAGCAGCCUGGAGGGGGCGUUCAAGAGGAACGCGUACCUGGGAACGCAGGACAAGGCGGAGCUCUGCAAGAAGCUCAACCUCUCUGACAAGCAGAUCAGGAACUGGUUCCAGAACCGGCGGAUGAAGCUGAAGAGGACGGUGCAGGACGCCUUGGCCCACGCCAAUGUUGCGUCUCACUUCCUGCAUUACCCCGAGCUGCAGGCCUACAGGGCCGGCCCGUACCCCCGGUACCACCCGGCCGCCGCCGCCGCCGUGGUGGUGCCGGACCCCGCCGCCCCCGCAACCUACGUUCACCCUCACAGCCUUCAGUACAGCUCGCCUCUGUCCAGCACCUCCGCUCUGCCCCUGGACUCCGUCUACGAGUACAGCAGCCUCCCAGGAGUCAUGCUGCCCACCGCCUCUCACCUCAGAGGAACCUACCCACCGUACCCCCAGUACUACUGAUCAGUGAUGCUGGAACCAACUUCAGAACCAUCAGCUUUUGUUAUUUUUUUUUUUAACAAAACUACUGAAGUCAUUCUGUUAAUCAAUACAGAUGAACCAAUCCACUUUUUUCACUUCUGAUACCAAUAUCUGAAGUUAAGUAUGGGCCGAUACCGAUCCAGUGCAGCUGAGUCGACUUUAAACAUUUCUUUUUUUAAACUGAGACAUAAUUUGGUAACUCUGCACCAGCACAGCUCACAUACACACACCAAUAGCUUCACAAGUUUGGUCAAACACGUAAAACCAACUUUAAUAUGUUCAGUCAGUGCAGUUGUGAGUAUAACAGCCAAUUUAACAUAAAUAAUAAAGAAACUGAAUCUAACAA